UGUUAGCAUAUUAAUAACGUUUCAGGAAAGCAUUAUUAUUUGUUUUUAUUCUGUAUAUAUUUAAACUUUUUUUGGGGGGGUUGUUUUCUGGGGAAGCCAACUCACGUUUAUUUUGUGGAUUUUUUUUUCGUGGAAAACGCACGUUAGCGUGUUUUUUGGAGGGGGGUAGAAUUUUUGUUGUUUGAAAACAACAACGACGACGACAAAUCAACGCAUUUCAAUUGCAGUCAAUUAUACUCGGAUUUCGCUAUUCGCAGGCCGGCCGGCCGCUAUCCCUCCCGAACACCGGAGGCCUACUGAAAAUCAGUGAUACUGUACAUUGAACAGACCUCGAAAGAGACAAGCGCGCCCCCUAGUGGCAUCUAUGUACCUCACACUCGGAGCGUCCAAGCGCCAUCAUCCUCCUCUUCGUCACCUCCUCUUCGUCGUCGUCCUGCAAUCUCUCCGGUGUUGCUCUCCAGGCGCAUCCUCCUCCUUGCCGCCCCCUCCCCGCCAGACUACAAGCUGCUGCACUCGCGGACACAACAGCAGAGAGAGAGGAGACAUUUCCAUUUAAUUGUCGUCAUUAUUGUACAUAUUUAGGGUGGUGGGGGGGAGGCUCACGCGAUGGCUAAACACCGCAAAGACAGAGACAGCUGGGGGUCCCUGGGCGACAAGAAUGUGUACGAUUGGAGCUCGGAGGACGAAGAGUCGGAUGGGCGGGCGCGGCCCAUCCAGGUGCUGCUGGUGAAGGACGAUCACACCUUUGAGCUGGACGAGGUGGCGCUGAGUCGCAUCCUGCUGGCUGAGGAGGUGCGCGACCGCGAGGUGGUGGCCAUCUCGGUGGCGGGGGCCUUCCGCAAGGGCAAGUCCUUCCUCAUGGACUUCAUGCUGCGAUACAUGUACAACCACGGGUCUGACGACUGGCUGGGCGCGGAGCGGGAGACUACCGGCAUCCAGAUCUGGAGUGAGGUCUUCCUGGUGGACCGGCCUGACGGGACCAAGGUGGCAGUGCUGCUGAUGGACACACAGGGCACCUUUGACAGCCAGUCCACGCUGCGCGACUCAGCCACCGUGUUCGCUCUGAGCACCAUGAUCAGCUCCAUGCAGGUUUACAACAUCUCCCAGAACGUCCAAGAAGAUGACCUUCAACAUUUGCAGCUAUUCACAGAGUAUGGCCGACUUGCAAUGGAGGAGACCUUCCUUAAACCGUUUCAGUCCAUGAUUUUCCUCAUCCGAGACUGGAGCUUCCCGUAUGAGUUUCCAUACGGGCAGGAAGGCGGCAUGAAAUUCCUGGAAAAGAGGCUCAAGAUCUCAGAGAACCAGCACGAGGAGCUGCAGAACGUGCGCAAACACAUCCACUCGUGCUUCACCAACAUCUCCAGCUUCUUGAUGCCUCACCCCGGCCUUAAGGUGGCCACCAAUCCGCACUUUGACGGACGGAUCAAAGAGAUCGACGGCGAGUUCAUCAGCAACUUGAAGAUUCUGGUGCCCUGGCUCCUGAGUCCUGGCAACAUUGACGUGAAGGAAAUCAAUGGCAGUAAGAUCACCUGCAGAGGCCUGCUCGAGUACUUCAAGGCUUACAUCAAGAUUUACCAGGGAGAGGAGCUGCCUCAUCCCAAAUCCAUGCUCCAGGCCACGGCCGAGGCCAACAACCUGGCGGCGGUGGCCGCGGCCAAGGAUCUGUACAACAAGAAAAUGGAAGAGGUGUGCGGCGGCGACCGCCCGUUCCUGGCGCCCAGUGAGCUGCAGGCGCGCCAUGCCGUCAUCCGCGAGGAGGCUCUGGCGCUGUUCCGCGGCGUGAAGAAGAUGGGCGGCGAGGAGUUCAGUCGGCGUUACCUGCAGCAGCUGGCCGGCGAGGUGGACCAGGUCUUCGUCCAGUACAUCAAGCACAAUGACUCCAAAAACAUUUUCCACGCCGCCCGCACGCCCGCCACCCUCUUUGUGGUCAUCUUCGUCAUGUACGUGGCGGCGGGUGUGACGGGCUUCGUGGGUGUGGACGUCAUCGCCAGCUUGUGCAACAUGAUCCUGGGUCUGGCCCUCAUCACGCUCUGCACCUGGGCCUACAUACGCUACUCGGGGGAGUACAGAGAGCUGGGGGCCGUCAUCGACCAAGUGGCCGGGGCGCUUUGGGAUCAGGGGAGCACGAAUGAGGCGCUCCACAAGCUGUACAACGUAGCGGCCAAUCACAGGCACCUGUACCAGCACGCCUUCCCUGGCCAUCAGGCCGACGACGUUGGGGCGGCGGCGGCGGCGGGCGAGGAGCGCGACAAGAAGCGGGACUGACCGUCUUCUUUUAAUCCCGCUCAGCACGGACUUGUACACUGCUCAUGUAUACGACGAGCGUCUUCAUCACUCAGCAGCUGUCAAUCACCAAUCGGGCGGGGGAGGUAGUCGCCGCGUGGCAUAUGGCGAGCCACUUGAGUGUUUGUGAUAUCCUACCAGGGCACCAGUAGAACAACCAGGGCGCAGUACUGAAAUAAGAGCCUUGCUAGUUACGUUUCCUUCCAAAUGUGACUGACUGGUGAGGGGAAAACUGUGACCGAGCAGACAACUGCGUGUUUCAAAGUGACGAGUGACAACAUUCUAGGAGUUAACAUGUAGCGCUUCAGUCAUGUUACUAGUAUUUAGUGAGGACAAACAGCGCACUAGUAGGUUCUCAAAUACGCUCAAAACGGCUCGUCACACGGGGGAAAUCAAGUGUCUUGUUUUUUUUUUUUCUGUUUGGUCAAAGUACGCUAAACAAUGCAGGCGAGUCACUUCACGCGGGACACUUGCGCCCGCUAUAUAAAUCAGGAUGUAUUGUAUUGUAUGUUCACUUUUUUUUUUUGCCCCCGUGAGAGAAUGAUUUUAAUUUGCCUACAAAUACAUUGUCGUUGUCAUACUACGUCAAUUUAUGUUCAGAACAUACUUUUUUUUUUUUAAUUGAAUUGAAUCCACUUGGAUGUUUUUUGAAUUGAUUCAUACAAUUAGUCAGAUCGGCAUUUUUUU